GCAAUAGGUAGUGUCCAUCGAAGCGGAAUGCAAGCGUCGAAUACGACGGCAGCAUUUAGUUGCCCUUCGUGAAUAUUGCAGUAUUGUAUGCUUUUUAUUACUCUAAAACGACGCUCUAAAUGUCGAAGCUACAAAAGCAGUCACAGAAAUUCUCAAAUCACUUGAAUUUGAGCAUCGCUGAAGUAAAAUCGAAGUUCGACGCCGAAUUUAGAAGGUUUCCCUUGGACAGAGAAAAGUUUAAAAGUUAUGAGCGCUUCUACGAUUAUGUACGUUCUAUGCACAAAUUGGAAAAUAUCGAAAUUACUGUUUGGUAUACCGAUAUGCACGGGGACCUUCUACCUAUAAACAACGAUGAUAAUUUACAGAGGGCUCUAAACACCGCAAAGCCACUACUACGAUUGUUUCUACAGAGAAAAGGCGAAGGUUAUGGUCAAAAUGGCUUCCCACCAGAAAUCAGUGGAGUUAAGAAGAGAACACUGUUCAGUACCAUAUCUAACCCUAGUAAAACCACCAUCAGCCGAGUCAACAUUAGCACCCCACAAGACUUCCGCAGGGUCUCUGCCAUUGUGGAUGUUGAUAUUUUGCCUGAGACCCACAGACGAGUUCGCCUUCUCAAGCACAACUCAGAUAAACCUCUUGGUUUCUACAUUCGUGAUGGCACCAGUGUUCGUGUAACUCCAAGUGGACUUGAGAGAGUACCUGGUAUUUUUAUUUCCAGGCUUGUGCCUGGUGGUCUAGCAGAAAGUACAGGGCUCCUUGCUGUCAAUGAUGAAGUACUGGAAGUGAAUGGUAUUGAUGUAUCAGGAAAAACUCUAGACCAAGUAACGGACAUGAUGAUAGCAAAUAGCCAUAAUUUGAUCAUCACAGUGAAACCUGCUAACCAAAUGAAUAACCCUGUGCCAGUCAGGGCAAUUGAUCGACUAAAUGCCAAGUCGAAGAGCUUAACGAAUCUCAGUUCUAUUCACACAUCACCAUCUCCUGGAUCACCUACCAUGAUUCAUUCAUACUCAAAUGCAAUUGCAGAGGACAUUCCUGACAGCGAUGAAGACGAAAAUCCAACAGUAGACAAUGAGACUGGUAUUCUAUCAAUAUAAUAUAUAAAUAUAGGCAAAUAAGUAAUUAAUUUUACAAAUAAUCAAUAUAUUCUUACAAGUUUGAUUCUAGGCAGUGUCCCAUAAUUUUGUUGUGUUGACAUGAGUGAAUUGUUGAUUAGAUAGUUAUAUGAUUACAGCUUUUUUAUUGCACAUCCACAACCUAAGGAGGUAUAGACAUUCUACAUUAUUAUACAAAUUGGAAAUAAAGCAACAUUCGGGGGAGGGGGGGUUCCCAGUAAAAAAAAAAUUAAAGAAAUUGAGGACAAAACUAACCUCUCCAUAUUUAGGGUUGUGGGUCAAAUAUUUCUGCUUUCUUUUGAAAGCCAGCAAUUUAUUUUUUGGGUAGGAGGGCAGUGCUAAUACUAUCCCCUCAUAAUUCCUGAUGGGACCUGAAACAAUUAUUGCUAGAAUACAAAGUCAGCAAUAUUCGACCCUAUUGCCAAAGCGCAGUUAUUUAACAAUUACCUAGGCAAGUAUGACAAAUUAUAGGACCAAAAAAAAAACCGUAGCAUCUUCUCAGAAGCAUUCUUCUAGGGGUGGUAUAGGGGUUCUAGGACACUAACAAAUAAAAGACAUUUGACAUAGACAAAUACAUUUAUUGGGCUAACUUAUUGCUGCUAGCAGUAAACAUCUAUGGAAAUAGAAUUUGUGUGGUCUAUGACGGCAUGCUGCAGUAUAAGCCAGUCCAAGAUCAAUUGUCAUCACUGGCAUCAAGGAUGUUGAAAGUAUUGCAAUAAAAAACAUUUAUUUUUUCCCUAUUUCCUUCUAAUUGGAAUUCUUGUUUCACAGUAUUUUUCCAUGGCAAAGUAUCAUAGUCUAGCAUAUUUUUGAACAACAUACAUUUCAUAGGUUUUAAUUGUAGGAUAAUGUUACAAGAAAGCAUCAAUAAAAUGUCAACCUUAAUAAAUGUCUAUAGUAAGGCUAUAAGCCGUAAGAAUUUCGAUGUGUCUUAUGGACAAGAGAGUGUAAGACAUACAGACAUGGCUAUAAGAAUAAACCAACGCCUAUGCAAA